GUGCCGGAGCCAUAGCCUAGCAGCUGAAUAAUAAGCCUGCAUUCUUUCUCGGAGAAGUGGGGAAAUGGGCUUAUUUUUCAAGGCGUCUCCGCCAAGCCAUCGCGCCGUGCAAGACAAAUGGCUAGAGAGGAUGGCACAAAUCCACGAGCAAACAAGGAGCUCCUAGUGCUAGGGCCCAGCCGAGCCCAGCAGGUCGAAUUCUUUCCCAGAUCAGCUCUGCAUUCUGUGACAUCUUGGUCUGUCAAGUACAAUUACUAUAAUCUUCCACAGCCUUUCAGAGUAAGGAACCCAGCUUAGAAGCCAGGCAUCUACAGGAUGAAAGCUGCCUUUGUGCUUGGGCAGACCCUGGGUGCAAGUCAGACAUUAGGUAUACAGAAGUGAGUUCUUUACGUGGCGGGAGAAGAAGUCAAAGGAAAACUUCGAUGCUCAUCUCCUUUAAGAUCCUGCUGAUUUUUGCCUGCGUUGCUCUGUGGAAUAAACUGGAGCUGUCAGGGAGCCAGGAGCCGUGUGUUUGCACAUUCCCUAGUGUUUAAUGCAGCCCAUGCCUCUCCACAGAUUGUGUGGACAACACCACAGAACAACACAGAGCCUGCGACUCCCCACAAGCGCAAGCCAAUUGGACAAUUCGGAGGGACUGCCGGAGAUUUGGGGGAGACUUUCUGGACACUGAACGUGUACUAUGGGAGCAGCUCACGGGAAAAAGAAAGAAUAUUCUCUUCAGUCCACGUUUCCUAAUGGAAGUGGGAAGCAUGUUGUCAACGGCUCAGCGUCUAUGUAUUCAGAAAUACAGAGGGAGCGUCCUGAGGUUAGGAAUUUCAUGUCUCACCCAGACUACAUAGAUGGAAAUCCGGAUCUCAUCAAACCUAAGAAGCUCCUAAAUCCUGUAAAAGCCUCGAAAAGCCACCAGGAGCUCCACAGAGAGCUGCUUAUGAACCACAAAAGAGGCUUGGGCGUGGAGAGCAAGCCGGAGCUCCAGCGAGUGCUUGAGCACCGACGGCGAAAUCAGCUGCUCCGGCAGAAAAAGGAAGAAGAAGAGGCAAAGAAAUUGCAGUCUCCAUUUGAACAAGAGCUCCUGAAGCGACAGCAGAGGCUGGAUCAGCUGGAGAGAGGACAGGAGAAGCAUGAAGAACAUGCACCAGAAUUUAUUAAAGUAAAAGAGAACUUGAGAAGAACAUCAACGCUAACUGGGGAAGAGAAAGUAGUGUAGCAUCUGCCAAACCUAAAUGGAGGAUCAUAUCAAGCUGGCGCUAAUACCUACACACUGACAGCUUUGUAUGUGGUGGACAUUUACAGCCAUGUCCUUGGGGCUACUUACUGUUACUAAUGCUUGCUCCAGUAGAAAUGCAUAAAAGGGCUUUCCCGUCCAGGACAGGGUAUUUAAAUGGUAAAGCUGCGGUAUUUACCAGUAGAAGUACACACAUGAGGAGAUGUGGAAGCAGAUGAUGUCAUUCUCCCCUCAACUUGUGGGUUCAUGCUAACAUCCAUCCCUAUUAACUCUUGGUUAACCCCUUGAGAUACAGCAUAUGCUCAAGACAGAGGCAUUUAUGGAGUGACAGCUCUCCAACAGGUUUGGGAGACCCUCCUAAGUAAUCAUACCAGAUGAUCUCAGACCGGGUGGCUGCUGGUCCUGAAAUCUACAGGAUAGCAGCUGUAGCUUGGGAGGGCUUCCUGGAAACCUGCAGGUGACACCUUAAAGGGAUGAUCCUGCAUAUUGCUGGGAAUGGCCUCGGUGACGCGCAGGGGCCAGCUGGGAGAGCUAUAGGGUGACUGUAAGAUUUAAGCCUUAGAGAAGCUGUGUGUCCUCGCAGUACUCCCACGUUUAGCUGCUGUGAGAAACUCAAGUCCCAUAUCUGCGUGUUACUGAAUCAGCCUUGCCAAACAGGCUGGGACAGCUCUUUCCCGGUAUCGGUCCUGAAGUUACACCGAAAAUCUGUUAACGAACUAGGACGUAGCUACAUAGCAGGGAGCACGUUGGGCUGCACCACAGAGGCCACCUGGGGUUUAAGGCUAAUGUUAGACACUUAAAGCAAAGACUGGGAGUUCUGAGCAUUAGCGUUAAUCAAACUGCACCCUGCCCAGCCAGCAGGUCCCCUUGGACCAGAGAAGCUCAUACCGGAAGAGUCAGAGUGGCAGCCUCAUUGACUCUUCUCUCCAGAUUGUUGGGCUUUGGGUCCCCUCCCACCCGCUAGGCACCUGUUAUUUUAACAGCUCUGAAAAGCGCGUUCCUGGUGCAUUGCUUGACAGCUGGUGUAGGCGGGGUGGAGGGGGUCAGUAUAGAGCCCCUCAGACCUAGCAGCUGCUCGACUUAGUGCUACAGCAUAGCUGGGACCUGCACCAGUUUUUGUGACUGAGGAGCAGAUGUGGAUCACUGCAAAAUACUUGGUCAUGCUCCUUUGUUAUCCUUCUCCCCUGGAGGCCUGUUAAAGGGAGAGCGGCCACACUCAUUUGCCAUGAAUGCAGAGUAUCUUCUCGUGUUCAUGGUGGCAGAGGCCAGUGUGUGUUGCCAUGGAAGGUGGCGCCUUUGCAGUCAGAACUGCCGCACUCCUAAUCAAACUUCAGCUCCCCCCAUUCCUGAACUUUGGGGACGUUCCGAUCUGGAGCAAAAUCCUCUGGCUCGGGCCCAUCUUGGUUUCUUAUCAUUCACUGUGUCCCCGAUAAAAUGCCUUUGGAUACCGACCGUCUGAUCGCAGCAGUCAGUGGCCAUGGCCUGUGACAAAGGCAUCAGACGAUUAACCAAUAUCCCCGGCGUGAGCCCCAGCGGCGUCACAUGCCAAGUCUAUGCGCACUGGGGAUUCAGCACAUCUCUUAAAAAGUGAAAGCAACCCCCACAAGCACAUUGUCUGGUCUCCCCGCGCUCUGCUAGUUCAAGAGACUGUUGCUUAUUCGGGCAGCAGAAUUCUGUUUGUUUCCAAAAUCUAUUGCCUCUGGUCAGCAUAGAGCCAAUGCAAUAGCUACUCCAGCCUUUCUGCUCAAGGCAGCUUGUUGGGCAAUCAGUGUGUUGUGGUUUUUUAGAGAGAAAUUUCUCACCGACACAGAAGGGGAGCAGUUGGGACCAUUUUACACAUGGCUGUGAAGAACAGUGUGUUACACCUGCUAAGUAGCAUCAACUUACCUAACAUGGAGUCCUGUGGCACCUUAUAGACUAACAGCUGUAUUGGAGCGUGAGCUUUCGUGGGGGAAUGCCCCUUCGUCAGGACUCUGUUGCUUUUUACAGAUCCAGACUAACAUGCUAUCCCUCUGAUACUUGACUAACACUGUUAUUAGCCAAACCUAACUGAGCCGGGUUUCUGAUGGCUACAUUGCUUUCCUCCCAGGGCUUACAGCACUGGUUACGGUGUCUUAAUUAAAUACGGCCAAGAAAUGAAACAAACUAACAUGGCUCCUCGAAGGGUGAAAUUCACCCCAGUGCAGACAGCCUGCACCCGUUACGCUCCAGGCGAAUCACUCACCCUAAGCAGAGCACAGGACCAUACGUCAGUGAAUUCCACCUAAAAGAGCUAAGCGCUUGCAUAAAGGAAAACCUGCAGUACUGGUAGCAACCGUGUCCUUUGAAUCCAUAGCAUGAAAUCCAGCAGGGCCAAGAUCAACAUGGGCACGUCUGUAAAUCCCUAUCAGUGGAAUGGUUGAGUAGGCUCACGUCGGCUGAGACGUGGGGUGUGUCACCUUUUGACCAAGGAUCUAGGUUAUGGGUGAUGGUAAAGCAUGAAUGCAUCCUGGCAGGAAAAAGGAAGGGAGGGGCCAAAUCAUGCCGUUCUGACUCGGGGUAAGUUCCCCAGGGAUGCCAGAAGAAAUGUGCCUGUCUGUGGAGAGACAAGGGCCAAACUACAGCCGAGCCGAACGGCACAGUGGGUACAGCCCCACAAGGUUGACCCCCCAUUCCCCUGUGCACUAUGCAGCCAGGCUCCAUAGCAUCACGCUCCCUGGUGGAGACUGGGCGAGGCGGAGGGAUGGCCAAUGGGUCCACACACAGACCAGAGCCACCGAUCUCGCCACAAUCCAUGACAGCCCAACUGCUAGAGUAACCCUCGCAAAUCAGUUGCCUGGUUCCCCGCUCCCUGUUCCAUACUGUGGAAGAGGGUUCCCUCCUCUCUAGUCCCUGCAUUUGUCCCCCAACACAGGGUGGGAGCGAGGCAGAUGUUCACCCUGAGCAAGGACUGCAGGCUCUAGCUCUGAGGGGUUGUACAUUUGAAAUGAUGCUGUGAGUAUUUAAGGGUUUACUGGCAGGUUUUAAAGUGCAUCAUUUUCAAACACAAAUAUCCUCACCUGUGUUACCUGGCAACCGGUUAAGGUGUUAAAACUGAUGCUCCUUUCACCACAGAUACCGUCUGUAUUUCACCCGCCACUCUGCUUGGCCUAGAAAAAUGUGGGAGACAAAUUUCUAGUCAGGUUCUGGCCCUGACCCUGGAGUCUGGCCGCACUGUUCGGAUUGUAAACACUGCAGGAAAUGUUUAAAUCCAAAGAAAUUAAAACCAGUUGUCACUGAAUUAAAAAAUACUGAUCAGUGACAACAGUUCUAUCAUUAUUACAUUACUAGGUUUUGUAAAACCUUUUUUUUUUUGCCUUCUUUUAAAUAAAAACCUAAAUGAUGGGCCUAAACUUCCUGUUAGUUUCCCUUUCAAAAGCUUCCGUAAAUAAAUGUGAUUUACCCAAACGAUGCACAUUCCCAAUGUUACUGAAAAGACAACCUUUUGCAUUGUUUAUGCUCUAGAAUGCUCUAGGUAGUAUACAUACUGUAUGUGUGUAUGUAUAUGCACUUACAUAUUAUGCAAUUUUAUUCAAAUUAACUGUUGUUGCUCACAUUAUUUAAUGCACACAUUUCUGAAGAAAGAUGAUCAGCAAAUAAAUCAAGUGAUGAUUGUAUAUUUUGCUCUUUUCCACAAGGAACUGAAAAAGCUCCAUGGAUGAAGGCAGACAACAGCCAAAUAAAAUGAUUUCAAAUUAAA